AGAGCGGGCCGGCCCCCCCCCGCCUCGCCAUUGGCUGCCGACCGCGCUGACUCAGCCCAAUCGCCUUCGCCCUCCCAUAGUGGCUUCAGCGUCGGUGCCGUCCCCCCGCACUCUGACCAAUCGGCGGAGAGCUGCGCUGACGGACAGGCGGACGGACCAACCACCGCCCUCAGCGCCGUGGGCGGGGCGAGCGCGGGGAGGCGGCGGGCGGAAGCGGCGAACGGCAGGGAAAAGAUGGCGGCGCGGCGGGGCCCGGGGCCCGGGCCGGCGUUGCUGGUGGUGCUGGCGGUGCUGGGCCCGGGGCGGCCGCUGCGGGGGGUCCGCGCUGCCCUCAACCUGCAGGAGCUCAGCGAGCUCAAGUACGGGCUGGAGAUCCUCGCCGAGCCCGUGCUGGCCGGGCAGCGACAGGCAGAGGACGUGGUGACCGUGGCCUCCAAGUUCAAGCAGCUCUACGAGUGUCACCUCCCCCCGCCCACCACCCCUGACCCCGAGGAGGAGUCUCGGCUCUACAACGGCUCCGGUGUCACCGAGCUCCUGCGCCCCAUGGCAGCUGCCCCCUGCCUCGUCAAGACAAAGGACUGGUGGACCUACGAGUUCUGCUAUGGGAGACACAUCCAGCAGUACCACAUGGAGGAGUCAGAGAUCAAAGGAGACAUCCUCUUUCUCGGCUACUACCAGUCAGCCUUGGACUGGGACAAGGAAAUGGCUGAGGCCUCCAAGCAGCACCGGCUGAGGCGCUACCACAGCCAGAGCUACGUCAACGGCUCCCGCUGCGACCUGACCGGGCGCGCCCGCGAGGCCGAAGUGCGGUUUGUCUGUGAGGAGGGGGCCGCAGACCGGCUGGCGCGGGUGGACGAGCCGCAGUCCUGCCGGUACGUGCUGACGGUGCAGACCGGGCGGCUCUGCCCCCACCCGGCCCUGCGCCCGCCCCGCGCCGCCCCCCGCCCCAUCCGCUGCCACCCCGCGCUCAGCCCCGCCCAGUACGGCCAGUACCUGCGGCAGCAAGUGUCGGACACCAAGCGGAAGGUGGAGGAAAUCUCGGAGGAGCUCAAGAGCUUGGACACGAGGCUGUGGGGGGAGAGGGACGGGGAGACCUCCCCCCAGACCCCUCUGCAGCCCCGCGAGGGAGCACCAGGGGCACGUGGUGAUGCUGCGCCGGGGGACGAGCUGGACCGGGCCAAGGAGCCUGUGCAGGAGGUGACCAGCCAGCAGGACAGCGCCAGUGCAGAGGAGCUGUCCCCAAAGGCAGCCGGUGGCCAGGUGGCUGAUCUGCGGAAAAAAAUCCACUUCAAAGUCAUCAGGAGCCCUGGGGACCUUCUGCAGUUCAUCGAGGAGCUGAGGGAGAGCACCAAGAAGGCCAAGGAGAAGGUGAGUGAGGAGGAGGAGGCAGCAAAGGCUCCCCCAGACCCCCCAGCCCCUGAGGAGCCCCCAGUGGGUGAGGGAGAGCAGCAGGAGGAGGAAGAGGAGGAUGAGGAGGAAGAUGAGGAUGUGCUGGGGGGCUUUGAGAAGGAGCUGGAGUCAGUUCUGCUGCCCCGGGAGCAGAUGGCCCAGCUGAAGGAUGAGGUGAAGAGUGAGAUGGAGAAGGAGUUUGACAACAUCAUCAAUGAGGUGGAGGACGAGCUGGAGACAGAGGGGCUGAAGGGCGAGUUUGACCGGACUCAGGCCUCCAAGUCCUUGGCCUCCACUCUCAACCGCCUGAUGGACAAGCUGGAAGGGGGUGGUCCCAGCCCGGGGGGGCAGAAAGAGGAUGAGGAGGGGGCUGGGAGGAAGGUCAAGGCCACCCCCCCAGGGGAUGGGCGGCUGCGGGUGCGGGUGAGCAGGGUAGGGGGGGACGGGAGCCCCCGGGAGCCCCCCCAGGACAACCCCCAGCUCCAGCACAUUGAGAGCGAGGUCCGGGAGCUGCUGGCCAAGGAGGGGCUGCGGGCUGAAGGGAAAAUCGAGAUCAAGAUCGUGACAGCGGGAGCGGGGCAGGAGGAGGAGGCGGCGCCCUGGCUGAGCGAGGAGGAGACCAGGAACCUCAAGGAGAUCUUCCUGAGCAUCCUGGUGCAGGGCACGGAGGAGGCGCAGCGGGAGCGGCGGCGGCACCAGACCCUGGAGGCCAAUUACCGCUUCGUCUGGGGGGGCCGCGAUGAGCCCCCCGGGGACUCUGAGGACCCCGACUUCUGACCCCCCCCAACUUCUGAACCCCCUCCCAGCCUCUGUUCCCCACCAGCCUUGUGCCUGGUGCCUGUGUGCCCCCCCUGCACAGCACCCCCGGGCUGGGUGUUGGUGCCCUGGGAGGAGAAGUGUGUGUGUGUCCCCACCGGUGGUGCCCCCCAGGGGGGGCGAUUGGUCUGUUGGGGGGGGGGACAGUCUGGGUGGGGGAAACUCGCUGUGUCCCGCAUGGUGGGGGACACCCCCUGCCCUGAGCACGGGCACUUCGUGACAUGGAUGAUCUGGGGGAAAGCGGGGGGGCGGGGGCUGGGAUUUAGGGCGUUGGGGGAGGCGUUGUGGUUUGGGAGGGGGCAGAGGGGGGGUCCUCUUGUUGCCACUGGAGCCGCGUGUGCCCCCCCACCCCCUUCGCCCCCUGGGUGGGGGGGGCCUCUCUCUCAUAAUGAGAUGUAAUAAGGUCAUUAGGCCUCUGCCCCCCCCCGGCCCCUUUUUAUCAAUAAACUGAGGUCACCCCCCC